GCGAGCGGCCCACGCAGGGUUGUCCGGAAUGAGGGAGCGCCGCAUCCAGUGAGCGCGCCGCCUUCCCUGCGUGAUUAUCGGUCGCUGAAGUCGUGAAAGAUGAAUGUGGAAGCCGCUGCGCUCCCUUCUCUCUGGAGGAGUGUCUUGGUGCUGCUCGUGGCCUCUUUCUCCGCCCACUGCGCAUGGCUGAACGAGCCUGUGGACACGGCCCGAGAAUGGGACGGUCAGCUGGAGGCCUCCAUGCAUUCGCUUUUCUCGGAAACUAAGGAGCCCGUGGCCCCUGCGACCGGCAUCCCUGACAGCUCCGCCAUGGUUGGCCGCGUCUUUAGGAUCGCCAUCCCUGCCCAUUUGCGCCCAACUGGUGGGGAAGUGGUCAAGAUUUCUGAAAAUGGAAAGGAGACCCUGCCUUCGUGGUUACACUGGGACAAUGAGGUGUUGGAGGGACUUCCCCUGGAGGGUGAUAAGGGAGUGUAUGAAAUUUCUGUGAUCACUUUUUUGGUGGCAGAAAAUGGAACUUCCAUACCACAGGCUACAGACGUCUUCUCCAUUGAGGUUCAUCCUGAGGACUACAGCGAGCCACAGUCUGUUCGCGUGACAGGGCAAGAGACUAACGAUGUGACGCCUUUCCUUUGCAGCCCUGAUGAGCCCAUUACAAUUCUCACGGUUAUUCUGGAUGCGGACCUGACAAAAAUGACCCCUAAGGAUAGAGUGGAUGUCCUUAAAAGAAUGCGCGACUUUUCUGAGGUGGAACUUUAUCAGAUGAAGCUGGUCCCUGUAGUGAAUAACAGACUCUUCGACAUGUCUGCUUUUAUGGCUGGGCCCGGAAACGCUAAGAAAGUUGUUGAAAAUGGAGCUUUGUUGUCUUGGAAAGUUGGCUGUUCCAUGGAUCAGAACAGCGUCCCAAAUAUCAGUUCUGUGGAGGUUCCAGCUAAAGGAGGCACGAUGUCUGCCCAUCUUGGCUAUCCUGUUGUAGGGUGGCACAUUGCCAACAAGAAGCCACACGCUCCCAAGCGGUUAAGACGACAGAUUUACACUACCCCAACCCCUGUUACCGCCAUUGGACCACCAACAAGUGCUGUCCAUGAGCCUCCUAUCAGAAUUGUUCCAACUCCCACCUCACCAGCUAUUGCUCCUCCAACAGAUACAACUGCUCCUCCAGUCCGUGAACCUAUUCCACUCCCUGGAAAGCCCACCAUCACAAUAAGAACCAGGGGUCCUAUUAUGCACACACCAACACUUGGACCGAUCCAUCCAACCAAAUUGGAAACAACCAGUGUGUUCCCUGGGCCCAUUCGUCCAACAAUGACGAGACCUUCAUAUAUAGAACCGACAGCUGUGGUCACACCUCCUUCUGCCACCACCAAGAAACCACGGGUGACCACCCUGAAACCUGCUACAGAUUCUACUACUACCACAACCAAGAAGCCAACCAAAAAACCAAGGCCUCCUAAAACUACCAAAACGCCAACCGUAAAAGUAGAGACCACAUCUCCAAGCCGCACCCGCACCUCCACUAGUGGUAUUCCACGACCCUUCAACACUGAGCCCAAACUCACCAAUCAUAUUGAUAAAGUUGUUGCUUGGGUGGGAACCUAUUUUGAAGUGAAGAUUCCACCUGACACAUUCUAUGAUAAAGAAGAUGGCACAACUGAUAAUUUAAGGCUUACACUGGAGCCUAGGAAAAACGCAACCACACGAGACAAGACAUGGGUGAUACUCAACAGUGCCAGCCAAGUGAUGUACGGUAUGCCUGACGCCAACCAGGUAGGUGACCACGAGUACUACCUAAAGGCUACAGACAAAGGUGGUCUCACUGCAGUCGAUGCUCUUGAAAUCCAGGUCCGUAGUUUGUUUCUUAAAGAUCCAUCGCCAGUGAAAUUCACUGCAAAGCUUCAGGGAGAUUAUAAUUCUGUGGCCAAUGAUAUCACGAAGAAGAUCCAGUUGGUAAAGAAGCUUGGUUUGGCAUUUGGGGACAGGAACAGUAGCUCAGUCACCCUGCAGAAUAUCUCAAAAGGUUCCAUCAUUGUGGAGUGGACCAAUAACACCAUCCCUGUAGACCCUUGUCCUAAAGAACACAUUGAAGUCAUCGCAAGGAAGAUUUAUGAUGAAAACGACAGAGUAAGAGAUCAUUUUCGUUCAGCCUUGGAUCCAGAGUUUAAGCUUGAGAACAUUGACGUGUCACUUGCCGGCAGCUGUAGGGGUAAGAAGGGCCUUUUCGCCAUUCCAAUUGCCGACGAUGAGCAGAUUAUCACCAUGAUCGCCCCUACCGUAGCUGCUGACCGAAAUCCAGAAAAGAGCAGCGAGGAUGACGUUUACCUUCAUACUGUAAUACCGGCUGUGGUUGUGGCUGCUAUCCUAUUAAUCGCCGGAAUCAUCGCCAUGAUUUGCUACCGAAAGAAACGGAAAGGCAAACUGACCAUCGAGGAUCAGGCAACGUUUAUUAAGAAGGGCGUCCCUAUUAUAUUUGCGGAUGAACUGGACGAUUCCAAACCACCUCCCUCCUCCAGCAUGCCACUGAUCCUCAAGGAGGAGAAAGCUCCUCUACCGCCUCCAGAAUACCCCAACCAGAACGUGCCAGAGACAAUCCCCUUAAACCAGGACAACUUGGGGGAAUACACGCCGCUAAGGGAUGAGGACCCUAAUGCCCCCCCUUACCAGCCUCCCCCACCUUUUACAACACCCAUGGAGGGUAAAGGCUCACGCCCCAAGAACAUGACCCCAUACCGGUCACCACCCCCUUACGUACCCCCUUAAUGAACGUUGUCCCAAGUGGAGGGAGAGUCGGGGGGCUUGGGAGUUCCUGACUGAACUUUUGUAGCCUGCAAUCUACUAUCCAGACAACGGAAAGCAUUGCUGUUAUAAGCAAACUAUCAAAGUUUUCUGGAAAAAACUGCUCCCUCUGCCCUGCUCCCUCAUGGGCGGUGGAACACACAGGACAUCUGCCAUUUUCAUAUUUGUGUUCAUACGAGUGUGCGACCACCUUUUUAGAUUGCAGGCAUGGAAGACUUACGGAAGACAGGGGACUUCCAUUAUACGCUGGGGUGGCCUUUGGUUCUCUGCUGUUUUUUGCCUUUAACACUAACUGUAUUUUAUUUUAUUUUUUUUGUUUUACUUCUAUCCACGUGUGUCUAGCUACAAAAUGUAACAAAGAGAGACGAAGAGGAUAUCCUAAAAAAAAAAGAAAUUCAAACACUGUCAGAGAAAAAAAAAAAACUUACCAAGUUUUUUUAUGUUUUUAUAUUUUUAAUCCAUGGUUAUUUUAUUUGUCAUAUGUGUUUGAGAUGAUUAACUAUACACCAAAAUAAGCUCCAGCGGGGUUUCAAAAAGUUGGGUCGGGUUGUGUUCUAUGUCUAGAAUGAAGAAUUGGUGUAUU